UGCAUUGUGAGCCUCUCCUAGUAAACUGAUUUGUCUCAUAUUGUCACUGCAAACAGAGAUCUAUUAAUGGGUCUCACCUCCCAACUGAUUCCAACUCUGGUCUGCUUACUAGCACUCACCAGCACCUUUGUCCACGGACAUAACUUCAGUAUUGCCAUUAAAGAGAUCAUCAGAACGUUGAACAUCCUCACAGCGAGAAACGACUUGUGCAUGGAGCUGACCGUCACCGACAUCUUCGCUGCCGCAAAGAACACAACUGAAAAAGAAAUCUUCUGCAGAGCUACAACUGUGCUUCAGCAGCUCUCUACACAAAAUUGCUACAACAAACUCCUUGGAGGACUUCACAGGAACCUCAGGAAAAUGGCAAACAUGACCUGUUCGGUGAAUGAAGUCAAGAAGAGUACACUGAAAGACUUCUUGGAAAGGCUAAAAGCGAUCAUGCAAAGGAAAUACUACAGGCACUGAAGCUGAAUAUUUUAAUUUAUGAGUUUUUAAUAGCUUUAUUUUAAAAAUAUUUAUAUAUUUAUAACAUUAUAAAAUAAAGUAUAUGCAGAAUCUAA